GACUUAAGUCAUUCGUUUUAUCCUCUCCUCAUGCGCCAUCUCGAUUCCCCUCACCCUCACCCCACCCGUCGCGCCGCAUCGCAUAGCCCCUCUUCAUAUUUACCCACCAAUUAAACAUGCACUCGCUUUUAUUGUUCGCGCGAUAAAACUCUUAUCUUAAUUAAAACCCAGAUAUAUAAAAACCCGCUGACAUCUCCAAGCCGUGGAAAAAAUCAAUAACCACUAUCACGCCGUUAUCAAUUAACCCAUUUUUAUCAAUUAGUAAAAAUGUAAGUCUGACACUGUUCAUUUCGCCACGAUGAGACGAAAGUUAGCACUGAAGCCAGGCCAGCCCGAGAAACUCCACAUCCAACUCCUCCACUUCAAACAAAGGUUCAACUGGGACUGCGGAAUCUCGUGCGUGUUGAUGGUUUUGCCCAAGAAACACCGCCAGCACUUGGUGAGGAACUUCGUCAAGGUGUGCAAAGAAGAGGGGUUCUAUGGAAGCACGUGGACUGUGGACUUGUGCUACUUGUUGAAGCGGUACGAAAUGAACCAUAUUUACUACACUGUGACGCUAGGAGUGCAUCCUGGGUACAAAGGGAACAGUUUCUACCACCACAUAUUAAAUAAGGACGAAUCUCGGGUGAAUCGAAGGUUCGAAACCGCGCAAAGCAACGGAGUAGUGAUUGAGAGAGCAUCCAUAACAUGUAACAAUAUAUUGGAUCACUUGAUGAACGGACCUGUGAUCAUUUUGACAAAUGCGAGACUACUGAACUGUGAUGUGUGCAAAUUUAACAAAAUUUCCACCGAGUUGAGGAAGUGCAUACCGCUGCCGGUGCCGUAUCAAGGGCACUAUGUGGUUUUGUGUGGGUACGACCUGGCGGCGAGGAAGGUUUACUACAGGAAUCCCUCGUUUGUUGACAGAGUGUGUAUAAUGUCGGUUGACACACUAGAAGAGGCUAGGAAGAGUUACGGGACUGACGAAGAUGUGAUUUUUGUUUAUACGUGAUUUUGUGAUAAGUUAGGUUAAGUGCUUCUCCUACGGCAGCCAUUACCGUGUUUACUCCCUCCAAGACGACGCAACGUGUGACAGCUCCCCCUCCAGCGUCAGGCGCAACGCCAUUGGCCGUUUUGUACGUUCAAUUAAAACUAGUGUGUUUCCCCUCCUGGCGCCAUUUUAUUUAUUGGCGCCACUCGAACCAGCAACAAAACGCCUCUUAAAACUAUAAAUUUAUUUCAAUUGCGAAAAUAAUACAUUUCCUUAUUAUUAUAAAUAUAAUUUCAUCUUUG